GGUGAACGGAAGUAGAUGAAAACAGGCAGGCCAGAACAACUGUGGCAGCGGAAAGACGUCCGUCCGUGCGGAGCCAAAUACCAAAAUACUUGAGUGUAGUGUUUGUUGUUCAGUUACCAGUUCCGGAUGGUGUAGAAGUAGAAGACAGGUCAACAUGGUGGCUAACUGGGAACAUGUCUCGAUGACGCUGAAACUACGGGUGUCACUUUUCGCCUUUCUUUUCCUUUUUGUCGUCUCUCUUGGCGACGACAGACUGCUCGGCUCACGAAGCGCCCGAGCCUCUACGGAGGAAGCGGUAGAAACUUACGACAUAUACUACAAUUAUAAUGAACUAACAAAACGUUUACAGUCGUUAGCCCAGAAAUACCCUCACAUAGCUAACCUGUCGACUGUAGGGCAGUCCGUGGAGGGCAGGCAGCUGUGGGUGAUGCGGAUCACCAGGGACCCCGACAGGAAGUCACUGGGGAAACCUAAAUUUAAAUACGUUGGAAACAUGCACGGCGACGAAACCGUGUCCAGACAGGUGCUGGUUUACCUAGUGGAGUACCUGCUAACCAAAUACGGGGAGGAAGAGCGCAUCACUGAACUGGUGAACAGCACGGAUAUUUACAUCAUGCCCAGCAUGAAUCCCGACGGCUUUGAGAAGUCCACAGAGGGGGACUGCAGUGGUGGUCACGGCGGUCGAAAUAACGCCAAAAAUAAGGACCUAAACAGAAGCUUUCCUGACCAGUUCGACAAAACCACCGUGGAUCCAGCUAAUAUCCCCGAGGUGAUGGCAGUGAUGAGCUGGAUCCAGGAGAAAAAAUUUGUGCUGUCAGGGAACUUGCAUGGUGGCACUGUGGUUGCCAGUUACCCUUUUGAUGACUCAGCCUCCCACGAGCAAGAAGGUCACUACAGCCCGUCGGCGGACGAUGGUCUGUUUCGCCACCUGGCCCUGGUAUAUUCCCAGAACCACCCUGUAAUGAAGACCGGUAAGCCUCACUGUCCUGAUACGCCAGAAGAAACAUUUAAAGAUGGCAUUACUAAUGGAGCGGCGUGGUACGACGUGCCAGGAGGGAUGCAGGACUACAACUACAUUCAUGGAAACUGUCUGGAAAUCACCAUGGAGCUGAGCUGUUGCAAAUACCCUUUUGCUUCUGAGCUCCAAAGGGAAUGGGAUCUAAACAAGGAAUCCCUGCUAGCCUACAUAGAACAGGUGCACAUCGGUGUUCGUGGCUAUGUGAAAGAUGCAGUUAGUGGUGCUGCCCCUAGCAAUGUCAGCAUUGUGGUAGCAGGCGUUCGCCACAACCUGACGACAGGGGAAUAUGGGGACUACUACCGCCUUCUGUUACCAGGAACAUACAACAUAACAGCUGUGGCUCCAGGGUGAGUGCACAUAACAGAUUUUUUACAAACAGAGGUUAUUUAUUAGUGGAAACACUUAAUGCUGGGCCAAAUCUCUAGUUUCAGUUCAGUGACCAGUGACGGCCCAGAGGUUGCAGAUUGCUCCCUGCUGAUUGCUACCAAGGGUUUUUUUGAUAGAGUUUAGCCACAGGAAUUCCGUCAUCACAACUACGCAGACAUGGAGCUGUUUCUACGGAAGUACAGCAGCGAGUUUCCUUCUAUUACCCAUCUUUACUCUAUUGGACAGUCUGUAGAAAAGCGUGAGCUGUAUGUGAUGGUCAUCUCAGACAACCCUGACACUCAUGAGCAUGGUGAGCCAGAAUUUAAAUAUGUGGCCAACAUGCACGGCAAUGAAGUGGUGGGUCGCGAGUUAAUGCUCAACCUCAUAGAGUACCUGUGUCGUAACUAUGGUACUGACCCGGAGGUCACCGAGUUGGUCAACAACACCCGCAUUCACAUCAUGCCUUCGAUGAAUCCCGAUGGCUACGAGGUAGCUGAGGAAGGUGAUACAAAUGGCUACAAAGGGCGUAACAACACCAACAAUUUUGACCUGAACCGCAACUUUCCUGAUCAGUUCGCCAACAUCACAGAACCCAGACAGCCAGAGACUAAAGCUGUGAUGAAAUGGCUGAAGAGCAUCCCUUUCGUCCUGUCAGCCAACCUCCACGGAGGGUCCUUGGUGGUCAACUACCCCUUUGAUGAUGACAAAGAUGGGAAUAGUUACUACAGCAAGUCGCCUGAUGACGAGGUCUUUCAGAGGGUCUCUAGAGCCUACUCACAGGAAAAUCCUCUGAUGCACCAAGGACACCCUUGUGAGGACCUGUACCCUAAUGACUAUUUUAAGGAUGGCAUAACCAAUGGUGCCCAGUGGUAUAGUGUUCCUGGUGGCAUGCAAGACUGGAACUACAUAAACACAAACUGUUUCGAGGUGACAAUUGAGCUGAGUUGUGUCAAAUAUCCUCUGGCCAAGGACCUCCCAAAAUACUGGGAUCAAAACCGGCGAUCCUUGCUUCAGUUUAUACACCAGGUUCACACUGGCGUGAAGGGCACAGUUUCAGAUAUGUGGGAUGGUACGGGAAUUCCCAAUGCCACCAUUAGUGUCGAGAAGAUAAACCACAAGAUCACUACAGCUAAGACUGGAGAUUACUGGAGAUUGCUGGUCCCUGGGACUUACGCUAUCACUGCCUCUGCUCAUGGUUAUAAGCCUGUGACGAUCUACGCCACAGUCUCAAAGGAUCGAGUGGAGGUGGUGGACUUCAGACUGACAUCUGUGCGCUCAGAGGGUAACCGUCAUUCAUCCAGUGGCCCCCGACCCACACAGAACCCAUCUGAGAAGGAGUUUCAGAACUUAAUCAAGGAGCUCUCUGUAGGCCAGGGUUUGGAUGAGUUGGUGAAAAACACAGCCACCGAGAGCAACUUCCGCUACCGACCCUCCAAAGAGAUGUCGGCUUUCUUGAGAGGCCUCACGCUUAACUUUCCCCACAUUACAUAUUUACACAGCCUGGGCCAGAGUGUGGAGUAUAGGACCAUAUGGGCUUUGGAAAUCUCUAACAAACCAGGAGAAUCUGAACCGUCCAAGCCAAAUAUUCGCUUUGUAGCAGGGAUCCAUGGUAAUGCCCCAGUGGGGACAGAGCUGCUGCUGGAGUUUGCUGCCUUCUUGUGCAUCAACUAUGGCAAAAACCCAGCCAUCACCAAGCUGAUCAACGAGACUCGCAUAUUCAUUGUUCCUUCUGUAAACCCUGACGGACGAGAACAGGCUGUUGAGAAGCAGUGCAAAUCUACCCAGGGCUUGACCAACGCUCAUGGCAAGGACCUGGACACAGACUUCUUUGGCAACGCGUCACAGCGUUUGGUGGAUCCCCAACCUGAGACCAGAGCGAUGAUGAACUUCAUUCAAAGCCACCGCUUCACUCUGUCUGUAGCCCUUGAUGGAGGCGCCCUUGUUGCCACUUAUCCUUAUGACAAGCCUGUCCAGACUGUUGACAAUGAAGGCACCUUGAAGUAUUUGGCAACUGUCUAUGCCAGCAAUCACCCCAAAAUGCACCUUGGGAACACUGAAUGUUCAAAUAAUGGGCAGAGCAACAUCCCAGAUGGAGUUAUGAGAGCAGCGGAGAGACAAAGUCAUCUGGGAAGCAUGAAGGACUUCAAUAUGGACUUUGGCCACUGUCCAGAAAUCACAGUGUACACUGGCUGCUGUCUGUUUCCUCCCGCUGAGCAGCUGGCCACACUCUGGACUGAGAACAAGAAGUCUCUGCUAAGCAUGUUGGUAGAGAUCCAUAAAGGUGUGCGAGGCAUAGUGAGAGACAAGAGUGGAAAACCAAUUGUUGGGGCGAUCGUUAUACUGAACGGAGGAGUGAGACUGUUUACUGUGGAAGGCGGCUACUUCCAUGCCCUGCUAGCUCCUGGCACUCACAAUAUUGAAGCAGUUGCUGAAGGCUACCAACGCCAGCGUCAGAAGGUUGUGGUAUCUUCCUUUGAAGCUGCUAACUCCAUCAUCAUAGAGUUUGACAUGGACAACAACAUCUUUGGCCUUCCCAGAGAGUUUGUUGUAGCCAGUGCAGCUGCCACCAUGACAGCACUGGUGGUGACAGCGUGCAUCAUCUGGUGCGUGUGUGCCGCUAAGUCUAAUCGCCAAAAAGAUGGCUUCCACCGUUUGCGCCAACACAGAGACGAUUAUGACGACGAGGUCCGGCUCACCUCUAUGGGCUCCAAAAAGUCCCUGCUUGCCCACGAGUUUCAGGACGAAAGCGAAAGCGACGAGGAGACGUUGUAUGCCAACAAAAUCUGAGGAACACAGCAAAAGUUUUUGUUUGCUCUGUGUUUUAUUUGAAGCUCAGCCCCCUCCUCGCUGUCUCCCAAAGAUCAAACCCCUGACCCACGAGGACCACCAUGAACUUGACCUCCGUCUCUUUUUAUGGCCAGUAUGAAAGGGAUGGAGACUGUUUCUGUUACACCAGUAUAUUCUGAGGACCCUCUCCCUGCCAUCCUGUUGAUGUCUGGACUGCAGGGGCUGCUUUUUUUUUCUUUUUCUCUGCCGAUAUCUCUGAUCAACUUGUCAACAUAUGGAGCGAGGAAGAAAUUGACAAAAGGAGGGUUAAAAGGUGGAAAGGUUCACUCCACCUUUGUCCUCAUCCAGCCCUUAUAGCAGCUUGCUGCUUUGUUUUGUUUUGUGUUUUUUGUUGUUGUUGUUAUCCGAGCCAUCCAAGAAUCCUCUAAGACGACCACACAUCCUGCCCGGCUGAGACAUCAAGCCGAAAUGUCCAAAUAACUUUAGAUAAAAGUGCGUUAUUUUCCUUGUUUCUCUUCACUAUUGUCUGUGAGCACCAUGUAUUUAUUUUUAUAACUGCUUUGAAUUAGAAAGUAGGUUAUUUCUGUGUCCAAGCCUUUGGGAGACUGAAUCCAGUUCUGUGCCUUGGCUUCUAUAAAGUUUACAGUCUCAGUCAGGCUGUAAUGUGUGGCAGUAAGUAACAUACUGGAAAUAUAAUACCAUAAUACUGGAAUUUGAUCCAUCUUAUACUCAGGUGGAGUGAAAGAGAAACUUUUUUUUUUUCUUGCCUCCUUCUUCUGCCGCCCCCUACCUUCCAAAGAUGAGUGGAACCAUCAAGGAGAAUGUUACAAGGCUUGAAUGAAAUGUUUACCAGAAAGUGGAGUGUGGACUUGAUAUAUUGGGGGGUGGGGGGUGAUGUGGGUUGGAGGGACUUGCACAAAUUGGAAAGAAUCACCCUUAAUUUUUGGCCACAAAAAACAGUGAAUCUUUAAAUCUGUAAUCAUAAAAAGAAUGUAUUUUUAUUUCCUUUUUGUUUUAACAAUAAGUUUGUUUGCAAGAUAAUUUAUCUGUAUAUGGAAACUUAGUACUUUUGUGUCCAUCACCUUUUGAUCACAGAUCACUAUAUGUGUAAUCUUUCGCUAUGAUUUGAGUUUUUAUCUGAAUAUAUUUGGCUUUUUUGCCUUUUUUUUUUGUACUAAAUAUUUUGAUCACAGAAUGAAAACCAGGUUUGACCAUUCAUGACUGUCUAAAAUACCCACACCACACCAUAUAAAGGUUUUAUAAUCUUGUAUCUUUCCUGACUUAUUUUAAAUUGCAGUGAUUGAGAUAAUUAUGAGUUUGGUUGAAGCUUUUUGUGUUGGUAGUCCAUCAGAGACCCAUUUGUCACUGUGUGAGGAACAGUGACAGCUGGGCUCCAGUCCCCAGCAGCACCGUUUCAAAUCACUGCGCUGGAUCCUUGAUCUGUUAAGUAUCUCCUGGGUUGGAAAUUCACGCUGUGAUUUCUUUACAUGGCAGUAGUUUGAAGCAAUACAGGUGUGUUCUCUAAAGAAUUUGCCCUGAUUUUCAGUUUGAGAAGAGAUUUCUUGACAUCUGUGUAGGGAGAUACUUUUGUACAUUAUUUUUCUUAAACUGUGUGUGUGUGUGAGAGAGAGAGUGGCACCUUUGAAGUUAAGUGCGUGCCACAGUCGGGCAGUUUUGUGUGAACAUUUUAUAUGAACUGGAAUCAACUGUAAAUAAUGUUGGCAAUUGUAAAAGGGGCAGCAUCUCAUGUUAACCAUGAAACUACAUGCAACAAAACAUUUAAAAUCCUCUUUGUGAUGUGCACAAAAACUCACAGAACACAAUCAAAUAAAACUUCUCACAACA